AUCGGCGUAGGAAGCGGGGGGGACGGGGGGGACAUGUCCCCCCCAAUAUUGAAGCCAGGUGGAUAUGUCCCCCCCAAAAAACUGUACCGCAAAAUAUUGGAUUUUGAAAUUUUUUUAACUAGCGUGCUUUUAUUUUGAAGGCGCAGCAUCGCGUUACGUCACUGUACUCCCCCUCCCCUCUCUGAACUGCUGAGUGAGCACUCAGAAGGGAGGGAAACAGCGACACAGAAGUCAGAAACUUGUGAAUGAGUACAAUGCCACCACCAACUAAAAGGCUGAAACAGCAGCAGGACUUACUCAGCUUUUUUAAAAAGAGUAACGUCAGUGAGCAACAAUGCAGGGACAGCACAAAGGAGACAGGAAAAGGAGAGGAUAGUGCAACCGGGCUAGAGGCAGGAAGUCAGAGUGAGGGAGAGACAGGAGUGGAGCAACAGGGAGUUCAGACUAGGGACACACAGCUGAGAGACUCUGAAGUCAGUGGACAGAGAACAGAGCCAAAUCAGCCACAUCCAAAAUUCAUAGACCCUCAAGCUCUAGCCAACAGAACUUUACAUUUCCAAGGAAAGUGGUACAAGGAAUUUCCCUGGCUACAUUAUGAUGCAGUGAAAAAGGGCAUUUUGUGUUUUUAUUGCAUGGCAAUUUACCAGGACAAACUCACACCAUUUGGUGCAAAAUCCGAACCCGCCUUUAUCACUUCUGGAUUUAAAAAUUGGAAAAAAGCAUUCGAAAAAUUUAAAGCACAUGAAAAUAGUCACACACAUCAUCAUGCUGUUUCUGUGACUGCACAAGAAAGUCAUCCUAUAAAUGCCCAAUUAUCCAGUGCUUUGGCAACUCAGCAAGGUGACAAUAGGCACUGUCUGGAGAAAAUUGUGAGCUCCAUAAAAUAUUUGGCACGGCAGGGACAAGCUUUGAGAGGGCAUGACGAUGAUGACAGCAAUUUGUAUCAACUGUUGAAAAAUCUGGCAGAAGAUGAUGCCCUUUUGGCUAAGUGGUUGCUGAGGUCUCAGAAAGAAUACCUAAGUCCACAGAUACAGAAUGAAAUCUUGUGUUCUAUGAGCAAUAGUAUUGUCAGUGAAAUAGCAGAUACAAUCAGAAACCUACCAAUUUUUGAGUUUGCAAUUAUUAUGGAUGGAACACAGGACAUUUCUGGGAAAGAACAAGAAAGCAUUUGUCUGCGAUACAUUGACAGUGACAUGAAGCCCCAUGAAGAGUUUAUUGGCUUGUACUCAGUUUCUGAAACAACAGGAAAAAGCCUUGCUGCUGUUGUUAAAGAUGUGCUGCUCAGAUUAAACUUACCAAUGCAUGGUUUACGAGGUCAAACUUAUGAUGGAGCAGCCAAUAUGUCUGGGAAGCAUGCAGGUGCACAGGCACUGAUAAAGCAAGAGCAGCCACUAGCACUUUUUGUUCAUUGUGGAGCACACUGCACUAAUUUAAUUGCACAGAAAGCUUGCUUAGCCUCAGUUCUGAUCAGAGACGCAUUGGAUUGGGUGAACCAGCUUGGAGUUCUUUUCUCUCAGUCAGGGAAGUUUAAGGCAAUCCAUGCAGCAACAGCACAUACAGAGAAUCCAUCGUGCACUGCAAUAAAACCCCUCUGCCCCACAAGAUGGGCAGUACGGAGCAAAGCAAUCAGAGAUGUUUUGUCACAGUAUGGGUCAGUGCUGGCUAGCUUGCAGGAGAUGGCUUCUGGUGCCUCAAACACAGCAUCCACUGCUAAUGGACUGCUGGGGCAGUUUAGGAAAGGUAAAACAGUUUUGGGUCUCAUUCUUGCCUCACCUGUGAUUGAUAAGCUUGAAUGCCUGAGCAUCUCUUUCCAGAAGAGAACUCAAACCAUUGCUGGAAUAAGGACUGCUUUACACAGAGAAGGCCACCCCCAAAACGCUUCACUGAAGGAGCUAAGACACAUCAACCUGAAUGUGCCAAGGACCACUACAGAGGUGAAUUCUUUAAAGUAUUGGAUGUUGUAG